ACGGCAGAUCGGGGCGGGGGGCUCCCCCGGGCUGUCCCUCGGCAGGUGAGCGCGGAGCCCCCGGGCCGGGGCCGGGGCGGGGGGUGGGACCAGCCCGGCGAUAAAACGGCGGCGCGGGCGGGACGGGGCGGACGGAGGGAGCGGAGCCGCGGCGGGGCCGGUGCCGAGGGAGCGGCGGAUCCCUCGAACCGCUCGUUCCCCCCUCGCUCCCCUCCCUGCGCCCCCCAGGCCGGCAGCCGCGAUGCCCAACUUCUCCGGGAACUGGAAGAUGAAGAGCUCGGAGAAUUUCGAGGAGCUGCUGAAGGCGCUGGGAGUGAACGUGAUGCUGAGGAAGAUCGCGGUGGCGGCGGCGGCCAAGCCGGCCGUGGAGAUCCGGCAGGACGGGGAGAGCUUCUACAUCCGCACCUCGACCCCCGUGCGCACCACCGAGAUCCGCUUCAGGGUGGGCGAGGAGUUCGAGGAGCAGACGGUGGACGGGCGGCCCUGCAAGACCAUGACGGCCGAUGACGUUGUCUGCACCAGGGUCUACAUUCGGGAGUGA